UCUUCUUUCUUUGAAUAAAAAGAAUCGUACAACAUGCCGUCUUCUAGUACAACAGCAUUAGCAGGAACGAGUGAAACCAAAAAGGUCGUGUUAAUCACAGGAGGUACAAGUGGACUUGGACGUAUAUCAGCGCAAAAGAUCCUUUGCGAUGGUCAUACCGUGGUUAUUACUGGCCGAAGCAAAAGUCGGCUUGAUGAAGCGGUGGCAUGGAUAAAGCCUUCCGCAAAAGAAAAAGAACGACUCCAUACGUUGAUCCUUGAUCUCGAGAGUCUGGAAAACAUCCGUAGUUUUGUCGAAUCGUUCAAGGCACUUGGUCUCACUCUUGAUGUUGUGGUCAACAAUGCCGGUAUAAUUCCCUCCAGCCACGAGUUUGUUAAAGAAACCAUGGUGGUGGAGAAAACAUUCUGGACGAAUAUUGUUGCCCCAUGGUAUUUAACAAUGCUACUAAAACCCCUCCUACCCCGUGGCGGUCGAAUUCUUUUUGUUACCUCUGCACUUCACGAUCCAAACUUCAAGGUACCUUCAGCCGCACUUGGUGUCGAUUACGUUACGACUCCCAACUUUUUCGACAAUCUGGACGGGAACCAAAGAUUCUUGGGACUCGGCUUUUACAAAGCCAGCAAGCUGGCUAUGAUGUGGAUUGCCUAUCUCUUGGCAAAGCAAAACCCCGAAUUGGUUGUUAUUCCUUUUGAACCUGGUUUUAUACCUACCACGAGUCUCUCCCGUGAAUCUCCUUGGCUAGUCCGUCAGAUUCUGAGAUACAUCUUGCCUUGGUUCAACCAUGCAUUGACGUCAGAAGAAACGGCUGCCCAUUGGUACUUGCAAUAUGCAACAAGUCCGGAUUUUAGUGCCGCCUCAGGACAGUACUUUUUUUCUGGCAAGAAGCUGGACAGUUCAGAACGAUCGCAUAAUAUGGAAGAGGCAACAAAGUUUUGGAAUAUUUCGUGCGAUAUCUGUGAAACACCUGGAUAUCGUCUCCCGUAGUAGCAAUAACAUGUAAAGGGUAGAUUCAUAUGAAUUACGCUCAAUAUGAUUAAUACAAUGAUUCAAUAAUACACCUUUUAUGACCUCAAGUGUUGUCAAUUUGAGUCGAAAGCGGUGUAAUAUUCAGACAUAAACGCUACGUCUCUUUUCAUGUUUGUGCCAUAUAAUAAAUGUG